AUGCUAAUGGAGACUGCAACAAAGUAUUUUCGUCAUCAAGAUUACACGGUCGCAUGGAUCUGCGCUCUUCGCUUGGAGAUGGCCGCAGCUGCGGCUAUGCUCGAUGAAAGACAUCCUGAUUUACCGGCGAGGUCAAACGAUGAUAAUUCGUACAUCCUAGGUCGGAUAUAUGGUCAUAAUGUGGCGAUUGCAUGCCUUCCAGCGGGGAUUUAUGGUACGACCGCCGCCACAAAAGUUGCUACACAAAUGCUAUCCACUUUUACGUCGAUACGCUUCUGUCUCAUGGUUGGUAUCGGAGGCGGGGUUCCCAGCGAAGAAAACGAUAUUAGGCUCGGUGACGUGGUGGUUAGCAAGCCGACAAGAGACUCAGGGGGUGUCAUACAAUACGAUCAUGGGAAAACAGUGACUGGUGGUCGCUUUGAACGCACUGGCAUAUUGAAUAAGCCACCACCAGUGCUUUUAACGUCGGUCUCAAGACUACAAGCAGAGCAUGCAUUACAGCCAAGCAAAAUUCCGGCUCUUAUUCUAGAUGCGGUAGCUAGGAACCCUAGGACAAGGGAGAAGUUCGCAUAUUGCGGUGAAGAUCAGGAUCUAUUGUUUGAUUCAGAAUACGAUCACCCUGACCCGAAAAAUACUUGCAAAAAUUGCGAUAAAAGGAGACUCGUAACGCGGCCUGCUCGAACCAGCCAUGAUCCGAUUAUUCAUUACGGUCUGAUUGCUUCUGGCAAUCAAGUGAUGAAGCAUGGCCGCAGCAGAGACAACCUAGCUCGGGAUCUUGACAUUCUUUGCUUUGAAAUGGAGGCAGCUGGCUUAAUGGACAACUUCCCGUGCCUCGUGGUUCGAGGGAUCUGCGACUACGCCGACUCACAUAAAACAAAACAGUGGCAAGAGUAUGCUGCAGCAACGGCAGCUGCUUAUAGCAAAGAGCUCCUCUCCGUGGUCCAUGCAAGCCAUGUGGUGGACACUCUGCCAGCAGGGUCUGUUACCGACGUAUCAUACUACAGGAGAGCCCCACCAUCUAUGGUGAACUGUCCUAGCAGUGAAAUAGUCCUAAAUACCAGGAAAUCGAGGGGCUACUGGAUCGAAUUUCAAAUUAUGAUCACGAAAAGAUCCAUCAAAGACUUAGUCGGAAACGACUCGCUGGCACCGCGCACUGGUUCCUCAAUCACCCAGAUUUCAAGGCGUGGCUCACUGAGAAGAAAUUUCCUAGUUUGUGGUGCUCGGGAAAGAUUGGGUCGGGCAAGACAAUGA